AUGAUGAAAUUCUUCUUAUUGGGGCUCUUGCUUGCCGCUGUCGUCAUAGCUGAGUAUCAAUUCGAGAACGAGGAAGGACUGAACCCGAACUUUUUCCGAUUCGGAAGGAGUUAUCGAGGCACGGGCCGCACACAUCACGUUGGACUGACGGCGUUGAGGCAACUCGGUAGCCAGCGAUCGUUCCCGACUUCCUCUCUAAAU